AUGAGGGUAAACUCCAAAAUCCAGCGACGACAGCUGACACAGCAACAGCUCUCACAGCAGCAGCAGACACACAUCCUGAGCGACAUCCAGCAGCACCAGCACCGGUUCAACCUUCACCAAGGUCAACGACCACCAUCGAACGUGAUCAUCCAGCCCUCAAUUCAGCUGCCCGUUCCGUCGCAGCAGCUCUCCCAGCUCAACCAGCGGCCAUUUUCGAACUCGAACAACCCCUUCCAAUCCCCACCCGUGUUGCCACCCCAGUUCAACGGCAAGCAGCUGCCCCCGCAGUUACCCCCUAACAAUUUCAGACCUCCCCAAUCAAGCAGACAACCACACAGCGGCUUCGGAGCUCAACCAGACACACGAAUUCCACCACCACCACGAUCCGUACAGAACACGUUUCAACCAUCUCAACAGCAAUUCUUCGGUGGGCCUCUGCCCAACCAACCCUUCGUGAAUGGCGGUCCCAUCACUUCUUCCGUCCAAAGUCCUUUCCUACAACCCCCAGCCUUCCCCGCACCACAACAGUCCCCACAACAGUCCCAGCAACCUCCACAACACUCCCCCCAGGUACGCUUCCCAGCCUCCUCCCCCAAUAGCCACGCUCCUCAAGCCCAAGCACUCUUCCAGGCACCUCCCCAGACACAACAGUUCCAACCCGCCCCACAGGCCACGUUCGGUCAGCCGAUCGUGCAGCAACCCUUCGACACCAACCACAUUCGCUCCGAAGUCGUUCCACUCAACCAACAGCCACUACAGACUUCCAACUUCAACCCAUUCGCCAACCAACAACAACAGCAACAACAGUCAUUCAACAGCUUCCCACCAGUACAAAACUUGCCGGUGUUCGCACCCACACAAACUCUAAACUCGCAACCCGGGGUCUUCCCGCAAAUCCAACCGGCCGCGGCCCACAUAUCGCAGCAGCAAACGCAGCUGAGCUUCCAGCAGCAGCAGGAGCUGGAGAACCGUCUCAAGGAGGAAAGCGUACGCAUUCGCGAACUCCAGGAGAAGCAAAAGAUCAUCCAGAAGCACGAGCAGUUCCUCCAGAAGCAGUACCAGAAGCAGCAAGCCAAGGUCCAGCAGCUGCACCAGGAAUUCCUGAAGAAGCAACAGAACAUCAUCCAGCAACAGCAAGAUUACGAAACGAUCCGAAAGACCCCUACCGUCGGCUUGCAGGCACUGCCUUCCGAGCGAACGGUGUACGAAAAGGCCACCAAAGCUUACCAGAAGCCUAGUCCGACGACCACCACCGCUUACUCCACGACCACGCAGCGAAACCUUUCCGUGAUCCCACUCAAGUCCAACAGCAAGAAGGACUACAGCACGAUCUCCAAGACCGAUCUGGACGCACUGCUGCAAUCAAACCGCUUCCAAACCGUACGAACUGAGUCGCCCAAACCGACCAAGGCUCGUCCACCGAAGGCCAAGUCCACGAAGGCGCUCGGUCGCGAUGAACUGCUCAAGCAGCUGAAGCUGGCUUUGGCUGAGCAGGGCCCGCAAGAAUUAGGCAACAGGAACUUUAGCGCCACUGAUUUGGUCCUGCCCAAUGGGGAGAAGGUGCAGGUUAUUCGUACCACCGAUCCGGAGAUUAUCAAGCGUGCCAACGUGAACUCGGAAGCUGUGCUGACGCAGCAGCUUGAUACUCCUACCACUGCGAAGCCGCUUUCGUUUGAGGACAUCGCCAAGAGCGGUAUUCUCCCACCUGGCGCUGACUUUGAGCUGAUCAAGCAGAGCGAGGAUGGUCAAAUUGAAGAUAUUGGUAAGAUUCCUCCGCAGAAGAAGGUCACUUUUGUGUAUCUGGAAGAGCAAGAUGACGGAUCGUACAAGGUUCAGGGAGUUAAGGGUAGUGCGGAUAAGGAGACCAAGACUUCUGGAGCCGAUGUCGACAGCAUUCUGAAGCGAAUCAAGAACGGAGAGAUUCAGCUGCCUCCUCCAUCGAACAAGGCCGUCAAGACACCGAUAGUGGUGGAAGGAGCUCCGUCGAGUACCACCCCACGAAUCAUGCCCGUCCAGAAGGCCAACUCGGUAACGAUCAUCCCGCACAGCACUCCGCUCGAGAACCACUACCCGCACUCGACCAACUUCGUAGCGGACCACACGAUUCCACGCACCGCUUCGUCACCAUCCGCGACGACCUACAUCUCCACUGCGUCCCCCUCUAGUCCUAGCCCCGUGUCGGCUUACUCCCCUAGCACCUACUCUGGAAGUACAAUCCCACAAUCCUCCUCGACCUAUGUGUCAUCUACCCAAUCCCCAAUCACCAACUACUACCCGGUCGACAACACGCUCCACUACACCGGCGGUAUCAGCUCGACCUAUCCCACGACCCCGUCCCCCAUCCCAACCGCCACCCCCGUGUCACCCAGCUCAACGACCGCUCACUUCUCGACGCGCUCCGAGAACUACCUCUCCGCUUCAACGCUAGCCCAGCAAACCGCCAGCUCAACCAUUUACCAGCAACAACAGCAGCAGCAGACCGCCGCCGCCACCGGCAAGUUCGACGUGGUUCACCCGACUGUACCCGCGCCGGAAGCCGCACCCGUCACGCAACAGCAGGAGCAAGCCCUACCACUGACGCAGCAACCCCAACCCUCGUCGUCGUCGUCAUCGUCAGCCGCAAGCGAACUGCCAGCGAUUCUCAAGAAAAACGGACUAUUUGCGAUGGCCAAAUACCUCCGACAGUCUGGCUUGGACACGAUACUCAACGAAACCGGUCCGUACACGAUCUUCGUGCCGACCGACAAGGCCUUCCGCAGUCUCCUAGUGCAGCUGGGAGGACCGGAGAAGGCCGAGGAAAAGUUCAAGAACAACCCGCGACUGCUCAGUGGGCUUCUGCUGCAUCACGUGAUCCCCGGAUCGUUCGACAUCAGCUCGCUGCAGGACGAAAUGACCGGCGUGUCGCUUGCCGGAACGCAACUUCGGGUGAACCAGUACAACAUGCACGACUCCGAGUGGAAUGAUGUUAAGGUAACGACCAUCAACGGCGCCAUGGUCGUGCUGGACAAGCAGGACAUCACCAUCCCCCAGGGCAUCGCACACGCCGUAGACCGGGUCAUGUUCCCCCUGCCCGUCGGUGACAUCUUGCAAACGUUGCAGUCCGAUCGGGAGCGAAGAUUCACACACUUCCUGCGGGCACUGUACGCAUCCGGAAUGUCCGAUACACUACAGAAUAAAGGUAUCAAAACGUACACGGUAUUCGCUCCAACCGAUGCGGCCUUUGCCAACUACUCGACGGACGAACUGAACAAGCUAGUCACCGACAAGGACCAGGCGGAGGAGCUGGUCAAGAAGCACGUUGUGCCGGGAACGCUAUUCACCGCCGGAAUGCGGUUCUACCAAGUCAAGGAUGCCAUGGCCGAGGGCAAGACGGUGACGCUACAGAAGAGUGCAGGUAAAAUCAAGAUCAACGACGGCUACCUGCAGACGUCCAACAUUCCCACGACGAACGGCGUGAUACACGCGGUCGACGCGCUGCUUUGAGAGGUCCCCCAACGAAACCGGGCACCUCGGCUACAAA